AAGCCAAGGCACUCGCUCUGGAACACUGGCUCGUCCCAUUACUUAUCACCCAUCGAGCCAACAUCAUCAUGUCUUUGUUUCAACCCUCGCCCAAGCCCAGUUCUCCAAUGGGCUACCAUCGUGUGCUCUCCCCCAACGCCGCAGUCAAGGUCUCACCCAUAUGCCUUGGAGGCAUCAGCAUCGGCAACUCAUGGAGCGAAUAUACCGGCAAAAAUGAAGACCCAUUUGAGUUGUUAGACGCAUUCUUCGCCAUUGGAGGCAAUUUCAUCGACACGGCAAACGUCUACAAUUGGGGAGACUCCGAAAAGCUCAUUGGUCAAUGGAUGGACAAGCGUGGUGUCCGGGAUCAAAUGGUUAUUGCUACCAAGUACUCCGCUCACUAUCGCUCUCAAAACAGGGGGAAUGAGCCUUUGCAGAGCAACUUUAUUGGAAACUCUAUGAAGAGCAUGCACGUAUCUGUGCGGCAUAGCUUGAAGAACUUGAGGACCGACUAUAUCGAUAUUCUUUACGUACACUGGUGGGAUUUCACGACCUCGGUCGAAGAGGUUAUGAAGGGGUUGCAUGCGCACGUUAUGGCCAAGGAGGUUCUUUACUUGGGUGUUUCGGAUACACCAGCCUGGGUUGUCGUCAAGGCGAAUGACUAUGCUAGACACCAUGGCCUGACCCCGUUCUCGGUCUACGAAGGCAAGUGGAACGCUUCAUUUCGUGACAUGGAAGGAGAGAUCAUCCCAAUGUGCGAAGACCAAGGCAUGGCCAUCGUUCCUUUCGCUGCCUUGGGAACCGGCACGUUAUUGUCCGCCAAACAAAGACAUGAACGGGAAAGCGAUCCAGACGCUGCUCAAGCGUCGCCGAGUGAGAAAGCUCUUGCCGUCUCCAAAACAAUUGAGAAGAUAGCAAAUGAAAAGGGGACAUCAUUUCAGGCUAUAGCCCUCGCAUAUCUACUCCAUCAAUCGACCUAUGUCUUCCCCAUUGUGGGAGUCAACACGGUGGCUCAGAUAAACGCCAUGCCUGAUGCUCUACGAGUAAAGCUCUCUAAGGAAGACAUUGAUGAUAUUCACGAAGCAUCGCCAUAUGACCCAGGGUUUCCGACCAACUUUAUCUACUCGACGGAGAAGCCGAAUAAAUAUGAUCUUUCUCUGACGGCAACGGAUAAUCGGCAUCUUAGAAUGGCGGCCUGGAUCGAUGCUCCGCCGAAGCCUUUGCCUUAUCAACCAAGGAUGGGUUGAAGCCUGGAUUACGAUAUGACCAGCAAUGAUGCCAGAAUGAAUCUUAUCGCAAGAGAAAACGGCAGAAGCUUGAUAGUAUUUAUCAUGUUCCUCUAUCAAGAAUAUCCUAUCUGGAAUUCCAGAAUGUUUCAGGACAGGUAUAGAUGAUGGAACUUUAGUAAUAUU